GGCAACUGGUAUAUUUUUAAAAUCCCCAUAACAGCUGUGGGGGGCAACUGGCCAACACCCAUAUUUAUAUUUAUUAAUAAUUUUAUUAAAUGGUAAACCUUAAACACAAAUGUCACAAACACAGCACUGUAGUCUGUUGAAAUGACGUCGAAACUGUGUCGACUGCCGAUGAUAAAAUAUAACCAAGCAAUACCUACAUAUUGAACGUUAAAAAAUAAACCAUUCAUAACUUGUAAACAAUUAUUAUUAGAUUAUGCAGCUCUUCGUUAUGAUUGGGCCACAAAAUAAAAGCUAUAAACACCUUCGGCACACAGCUGACUUGGGCACAAUUCUUGAAUAAAAUUGUUGGUAGAUUAUGUUAUUGUUAUUAAUAUUCUUUAAUAUUCUUUAUAAUAAUAAUAUUGCAUUAUUUUAAAAAUGUAAUACGAAAUUCGUAACGAAUAAUGAUAUAUUUUUUUAAAAUCUGCCGCCUCUUAGAUCACCUUAAAAUUGCCACCUAGAGGCAAUUCCCCCCCCCCUCCUUGUUAAAUGUGGCUCUGCGUAUGAUUCGUUAAUAAGUCAACCGACCUAUGAAAUAUUGAAGCUAUCGUGAAGUUAUAUUGGGAAGAGGGGUACCUAUACUUAUUAUAAUAUCACAUACCCACGGCGGCGAGGCGGAUGUAAUUAUUUUUUUCCGCACACGGUGCACACGCAGCGUAAUAUAAUAACCACAUGACGUACCGCGGUUAUAUUAUGUAGGUACUCACUGCCCGAGUUGCUCAUAAUAUAAAAUAUUAUAAUAAUAGGUACCUAGCUGUUGUUACGCCGUUAUAGAUAUAUAGGCACUUAAGUGACUAACGAUACUAUAAUAACAUAAUACUACAUAUCCGUCGACUUGUGGUGUGCGUGCGCCGCUACGGCGUGUGCCCGCCAUCAUCUCGUCCGCGGAAAACAAAAUCUUCUUCGGUCCGGUUACGUUGACUAUCAGUAAUCAGUGUUUGCUGAUGGGGAUUAGCGGCGGUAUAAAAGACGUACCGAGCUGGCAACCACCAUCAGACUACACCAACCUGUUGCAAUUGAAGUCGAAGUCGACCGGGCCACAGCUUACAUUAUAGAUACCGCUAUAAUACCAUAAUAAUAAUAAUACCCGAAAAUAGGUGCUGUAGUAGUAUUAAUUUUUGUUGUAGUGCGAAGUCGUAUUAAUAAUAAUAUUCGGGAAGAAAAACUGCUUUUACGACAUCGACUCAUGGCUUCUAAGCUGUUCUACGUAGCGAUGGCGGCCGCUUGCUGUGCGAUGACUUCGUGCAGGCCGUCAGCAGCGCCGUUCGCUUUUGCUCCUCCGGCGACCCCGUCAGGAAUAACGACGGCAUCGGUAGCGCCGCCCGGAUACGACUUUGGUCAUCCUCACGUAGUCGACACUGGCCAUCAGCAGCAGCAGCAGCAGCAGCAGCAGCCGUCUGAACUCGACGACUUGGGCCAUCUCGUUAAUCAACUGCACCAGCUGUCCGAACACGAAGACUUCAGCCAUCAUUACGAGAAUCAACUGCAGCUGCAGGCUCAACAGGCGUCCGAACACGAGGACUUGGGGCAUAACGCCGACGAUCGGCAGCCGUCCACAGAAGCUCCACCAGCCGACUCUUCGUAUAACUUCGCAUACUCGGUGGAAGACCCGCUGACUGGGGAUGUGAAGAGCCAGACUGAGGUGAGCGACGGCCGAGGCACAGUCAAGGGAUCGUACAGCAUGGUCGAAGCGGACGGUUCCACUCGGGUGGUCGAGUACACGGCCGACGACGAGCACGGGUUCAACGCCGAAGUCAAGAGGAUCGGACCUCAGCACAGGUACGCAGCGGCGUCCAUCGAUUCGUCUGAUCACCGACCGUCGUCCGACUUGGGAUUUGGCCGGCUCGGCGGUGGCGGAGACUCAUCGGUGGAGAUAAUACGGUCUACCGACCAACAACACAUGCACUUUUACCUACCCGAACAGUACGUCAUCACGUCGGUGCGAAGAUGAUUUUUCGUCAUUUUCUGUUUUCGGUUUCUGGUCGCGAUCGUCGAGAGCGUGCCUUGUCCGUAUUGUUUAAUGUAUAUAUUGUAUAAGUAAUGUAAUAACAUAUAUAUUAUUAAAAUACCCAAAUUAUAGGUUUUAUUAUAGUUUUAAGUUUUAUACUUUUAUAUCUUACAAAUAUUGUGAGUUUACAUUAAAAUUUAUAUGUUACGGUAAAUAACGUUAUUCACCGGUUAUAAACUUAUUGACUACCUCAUAGGCGUAAUCUGGGGUAAAUUCUUGGGGGGGGAGGGUAAAACUAAAAAUCUAUAAGGUAAAAUGACAAUAUUGCCCACUUAGCUAAAUAUCUGCGGGGCAGUUGCUCCUCUUUGCCUCCCCCCACCAAAAAAAUAGGGUAAUGAACUACCUAUAUAUAGAUGGGUAAUUAUGGUUAUUCAACACCGUAACAUUACCGUAACAUUAAAUCAUAUAUGUAAUGCUCUAAAAGUUAUUAUUUAUAUACAUUUCUAUUUUCUUCCCUAAUAAAAAAAAAAAAUCAAGAAAUAGCAGUGUAUCGUAUUUUUUUACAAUUGUUGAUGUCACUAAUACAAGAAAGAAAUAUAAAAUAAAUGUUCACUUUCCGGGAUAAUAAUUUUAAUUUUUAAUAUUUAACAAUAGUUAAAUUGUUGAUUUUAUACUUUUAUAGUACAGGCUGAUUAUAUCCAAAUUAAUUCAGAUAUUUCAAUAUUCAGGUACGCACAUAUUUUUACACAUUUGCAUCCCCCUUCUAAUUUAUUCCCAAUUCAAGAAUUGGAUAAUAAAUUCAAUAAUAAUUGUGAACACUUAUUUUUAUUGAACAGAUGCAAAGUUGCUGAAUUUUAUACGCCUACAAUAAUAUGUCAAUGAAAAUAGUUUUGGGUAAAAUAAUAACAAAUAUAUUAAAAGUUGGUAUUGUGUUUCAUCUAAUUAAUACUUUCAUAGUAAAAAAGAUGGGCACUCUGCUGUACAGUAUAUGUGUUGAAUGGGACACAGUAGGUAGUCUGACGUACAUAUUCAAAUUUAAUUCAUUGAUAGGUACCUAUAUACGAAAAAGGACUCUGAGCGAAGACGGUCUGACAACAAAAUAAUAUCAAGUAAAUAUAACGUUAUUUCAUGAUA